CCAGGGUAGGACUUUUAUUUUGGAAAAAUGCCGGAAACGCUGUGUCUCUCGUCUUUAAACUCGUGUUUUUGUCACUGGACUGAACGGACUCAAAAACAGAGGUAAUGCUGAGGUGUCUUGUUAGCAGGUGCCUUUUGACCAAUCCUGUCGCAGGUCAAACAAGAAAGAUGUCAGGAGUCAGUCUCGCUGGGUCUCAAAGCAGUCUUGCAGGGAAGGUUGCCAUAGUCACUGCCUCCACAGAUGGAAUCGGUUUGGCUGCAGCCCAGGCUCUAGGGCAGAGAGGGGCUCACGUUGUGGUGAGUAGCAGACGCCAGUCAAAUGUCGACAAGGCCGUGGCACUACUGCAGAGUGAGAAGAUACAAGUGACCGGGACGACUUGCAACGUUGGGAAUAGUGAAGACAGAGCUAGACUGGUUAACAUGACAGUGGAACAGUGUGGUGGUGUGGACAUCUUUGUUUCGAACGCAGCAGUCAACCCUUUCUUUGGAAACAUUAUGGACUCUACAGAAGCAGUCUGGGAUAAGAUCCUGGAUGUGAAUGUAAAGUCGGCCUUUCUUAUGACCCAAUUGGUGGUGCCUCACUUGGAGAAGAGGGGGGGUGGGAGUGUUGUGUUCGUGUCCUCUGUCGCUGGGUACCAGCCAAUGCAGGCCCUGGGCCCUUAUAGCGUGAGUAAGACGGCCCUGUUGGGACUAACUAGAGCCCUGGCCCCUGAACUGGCCCAGUGCCACAUCCGGGUCAACUGUGUGGCCCCCGGCGUCAUCAAGACCACCUUCAGCCAAGCAUUGUGGCAGGACGAAGACAUUGUGGACGAGUUCAAGAAGCAGCUUAGCAUUAAAAGGUUUGGCAAGCCAGAGGAGAUAGGUGGAGUAAUCGCUUUCCUGUGCUCGAAGGACGCGUCUUACAUCACUGGAGAGACAAUCACUGUGACUGGAGGGAUGAGCUGCAGACUGUGAGGCUGAUCGGCUGGAAAUUGUUAAUAGAAUCUGGCAACACUGACUGUGACACUCAAAGGAAACAAUGCUUUUGUAAUAUAAUAAUGGGCUGUAAGACAGGAAGAUUCACUAUACAUUUCAGAGUAAUUUCUUCCUCUCGAAGUCUAAUGACCUG